AUGGCCGGGCCCACCCCAGGGCCUGGCCGGCGCUGGGCAGGAUCAGCCGCGGGGUCAGGACAGCGUGAGGAACUUCGGGAAAUCGUCAUAGAUGCUAUGCAUCUUAUAGAGGACCAAAAGGACAAGAAAUACCUGAAUGAGUCUCUGAAGGAAGCUGUCGACACAAUCUGGAAGAAGCUGAGCCAGCUGGAGAAAGGAUUCCAGCUAGCUGCCCGUGUCUUCCAGUGUGCAACCUGCCGCUUCGAGGACUGCCAGUUUGCCCUGGACUGUCCAGUGCAGGACCUGUUGACCUACACAGAUGAAACCAUUGUGCUGCACUGCAGUGUGCCUUUCAGCAUCCCCGCUGGCCUGCCCGUCACCUGGCUGUUUGUCCCAAAUCUGCGCACACAGGACAUGACACUGUUCAAGGAGCUGAAGGGGAAUCCAGAGAAGCCCUUCAGCCUGACCAUUGAGGAACCUGCUCCGGGAACCGUUGCCUGUAGCCUGGGGGAACCUUCCAAGCCCAUUAUCCGCAAGUUCUUCUACCUGAAUGGGCCAUCUGGCAACGCUUCUGUGUCCGUCACACAAGCCACAGACGUGGACAUCAGGGCAUUAAAACCAGCUCAGUGUCUUCUGCUCCUCGCUUCCCUGCUCAUCUUCGCUGCACCAGGCCAAUCUGUGCACACACAAACUCUCAACACCUUCAAGAAAUCUCCUUCCAACAAUUCGAGUGUUCUGAAGAGAACCACUUGGCCCAGGGACUGCAGUGAGGUCCCUGCUGACAGCCCCAGUGGUGUCUACAUCAUCCAGCCCACGGGACUGCAUCCCAUCAUGGUGUACUGCGAGCUGGGAGGGGCAGACAGGGGCUGGACCGUCAUCCAGAGGAACCGGCAGGACACGGAUAUCACCUGGGCUGAGUCCUGGAGCACCUACAAACACGGCUUUGGGAACGUGCACGCUGAGUUCUGGCUGGGCACCGAGUACAUCCACCAGAUCACCAGGCAGAAGAUCUACCGGGUCAGGUUUGUCAUCUGGGAUGCCUCAAACAACAAGAAGUUCGCAGACUACAACCUGUUCAGCCUGGAUGAUGAGUCCCAGGGCUACCGGCUCCGGCUGGGAGCGCACUCAGGGACAGCAGAGGAUGCCAUGGACUCAGACAAUCCCAGGAAAGUGCACAACAACAUGAAGUUCUCCACAAAGGAUCGGGAUCAGGAUACUUACAGAGGGAACUGUGCCUCACGCUAUGGGGGUGGGUGGUGGUACUCGGCGUGUUACUCUGUGCAGCUGAACGUCAGGGGGGGCCUGACAUGGGGCAGCCUGUGCAAGGGGAACUGCAGAGCCUCGGCCAUCCUCAUCAAACCAGCUUCAUACCACUAG